AUGACGAGCGCUUACUCGCUGCCCUACCUCCUCUUCCUGCCGCUGGGUGCCUGCUUUCCUGUGCUGGACACAGAAGAGCCCGUGGGCGCCGUGGGCGGCAUCGGAGGCGAAAUGAGCUGGGCCGACCCGGCGGAGGGGACGCCAUUCCCCUGGGGCUCCCCUGGGUGGCCGAGAGCGCCACAGCCACACGCCCUGCUCGUCAUGGCCAAGGAGCCACCGACGUUGGGUAGAGCGUGUGCCGGCUUCGCGCUGAGGCUUGCGAGGCAGCAGGACGAUGGCAGUGAGGCCACCGGCUUCCUUCUGGGUGACGGCGAGAAAGCUGGUGGCCUGUUAGGGACCCUGGCAGAGGAGCUCAACGGCUACAGCAGGGAGAAAGGCGGCUUCAGCUUCCGCUUCGGCCGGGGCUGA